CCGCGGCAGGAGGCGCGCUAUGGAUGGGGAUGGAGGCCGGCGACGGGCGAGUCCACGGCUUUGGAGAGGCGUUCGAGGGGCUAGUGGGAAGGGUCUCCGGACGGGAAUUAUAGUGAACAUCAUUCACAACACUUCUGAUUACCUUCCCAAAGUUUUGCGAUUUCUGAAUGUGGCUUUUGACAGCUCAGGUGAUUGUUUACUUGCUGGGGACCAUCAAGGAAAUAUUUAUGUUUUUGACUUGCAUGGAAACAGGUUUAAUCUUGUUCAGCGAACAGCACAAGCCUGCACAGCUCUGGCCUUUAAUCUUCAUAGGAAGUCUGAAUUCCUUGUGGCAUUAGCUGAUUAUUCUAUUAAAUGUUUCGAUACAGUCACCAAGGAGCUGGUUAGCUGGAUGAGAGGACACGAAUCCUCCGUGUUUUCCAUCUCCGUGCACGCCUCAGGGAGAUAUGCCAUCACUACGUCCUCUGAUACAGCACAGCUGUGGGACUUGGAUACCUUCCAGAGAAAAAGAAAGCUGAAUAUCCUGCAGUCUGUGGGUAUUCAAAAGGUUUUCUUUCUACCAUUAAGUAAUACCAUCCUCAGCUGUUUUAAAGAUAAUUCCAUCUUCGCCUGGGAAUGUGAUACUCUUUUUUGCAAAUAUCAAUUGCCAGCUCCACCUGAAAGCUCUAGUCUUUUAUACAAAGUGUUUGCUGUGACCAGAGAUGGGCGAAUCCUGGCUGCUGGGGGCAAAUCAAAUCAUGUGCAUUUGUGGUGCUUGGAAGCCAAGCAGCUAUUCCGAAUUAUCCAGAUGCCUACUAAAGUGCGAGCUGUUCGCCACCUGGAAUUUCUUCCUGAUAGUUUUGAUGCGGGUUCUAAUCAGGUUCUUGGAGUGCUGAGUCAGGAUGGUAUUAUGAGAUUUGUUAAUAUACAGACUUGUAAACUUCUUUUUGAAAUUGGGAGCCUUGAUGAAGGAAUUAGUUCGUCAAUAAUUAGCCCACAUGGACGGUACAUUGCAGCUAUCAUGGAAAAUGGAAGUCUGAACAUAUAUUCAGUUCACACUUUAACAAAAGAAAUAAAUAAGCCACCUCCUCCUUUAGUGAAAGUGAUUGAAGAUUUGCCUAAGAGGAAAGUGAGUUCUGGUGAUCUUAAGAUGAAAGUAACAUCAGGAAGAGUACAGCGGCCGGCAAAAUCAAGGGAAAACAAAAUACAAAGUAGAAUAUUAAAACAAGACCUGACGGGUAAUUUUGAAAAUAAAGAGAAUGAGUUGUCAGAUGGAUUAAACAAAAAGCGUUUACAAAUCUUAUUAAAAGGCUAUGGUGAAUACCCAACAAAAUACAGAAUGUUCAUUUGGCGCUCUCUGCUACAACUACCUGAAAAUCACACUGCAUUUAGUAAUCUUCUAGAUAAAGGUAUUCACGUGGCGUUUCUCAACCUUGAGAAGACAUACCCCAUCAAAAGUAGGAAGCUACUCAGAGUAUUACAGAGAACCCUAUCUGCAUUAGCGCACUGGUCCACCAUCUUUAGUGAUACACCAUAUCUUCCACUCUUGGCAUUUCCAUUUGUAAAAUUAUUCCAGAACAACCAACUCAUCUGUUUUGAAGUUGUUGCUACUCUUAUAAUCAAUUGGUGUCAACACUGGUUUGAAUAUUUUCCUAAUCCUCCCAUCAAUGUUCUUAGUAUGAUAGAAAAUGUUUUGGCAUUUCAUGACAAGGAACUCCUGCAACACUUCAUAGAUCAUGAUAUAACUUCCCAGCUAUAUGCAUGGCCUCUUCUUGAAACUGUGUUCUCAGAAGUAUUGACAAGAGAGGAGUGGCUAAAAUUAUUCGAUAACAUCUUUUCCAACCAUCCUUCAUUCCUCCUGAUGACCGUGGUGGCCUACAACAUAUGUUCUAGAGCUCCUUUGCUCAACUGUGAUCUUAAAGAUGAUUUUGAGUAUUUUUUUCACCAUCGGAAUAACCUGGAUAUCAGUGCUGUAAUUAAAGAAGUUUAUCGUCUCAUGGACACGACACCCACUGACAUUCAUCCAGACAGCAUGCUUGAUGCUUUUGUAGCCCUGACAAAAGGGCAAUAUCCAGUGUUUAAUCAGUAUCCAAAGUUUAUUGUGGACUAUCAGACGCAGGAACGAGAAAGAAUAAGGAAGGAUGAAUUGGAUUACUUAAGAGAGAGGCAGACAGUGGAAGACAUGCAAGCUGAAGUUGACCAGCAAAGAGUUGAAGAUGAGGCUUGGUAUGAAAAACAGGAACAACUACGUAAGGCUGAAGAAACAAGGAGAGAAAUGCUCUUACAAGAAGAGGAGAAGAUGAUACAACAAAGAGAGAGACUAGCUGCUGUGAAAAGAGAGCUGAAAGUAAAGGAAAUGCACUUAAAGGAAGCUGCAAGAAGACGUCUCUUGCAGCUUCAGCAAGAGCAACGUGAAAUGGAGCUAAGAAGACUGGAUGAUGAAAUUGAGAGAAAGAUACAUAUGAGAGAUCGAGAAAUUGCUGCCACAGCCAAAGACCUAGAAAUGAGACAUCUGGAACUCGAAUCACAAAAAAGACUUUAUGAGAAGAAUCUCACUAGAAAUCAAGAAGCUGUUGCAAAAGAAAUGAGAGAAGAUGCAGAUGCCUAUAGACGAAAAGCGGAUCUUGAAGAACACAUGUUUCAUAGACUGAUAGGAAUGGAUCAAACCCAGAACCAAAAAACCCAGAAGUUAAUUGAAGAAAAUUUGGCAAAAGCUGAACAAGCAUGUCUAAAUACUGACUGGCACAUUCAAGCUUUACAUAAACAAAGAUGCCAUGAUCUACACCGAAAUGAAUGUUACCAGGAAAUGGCUAAACUCCUUCGGAAAAACAGAAGGAAAGAAAUAGAAAUAUUAAAUGCAAUGAGGGAGAGGGAAGCUGAAAAGUCUGGAGGUAGGCAGUGCAGGGGUGGUGUCCUGGCUCCAAGGUCAUCAGGAAAACUGCCUCCUUCAGCCUUUCGGCACCACUUCUGGUGUACGGCUUUCGUUCUCAAGGCUACCUCUCCAUCCAAGGUGACGGCGGUUCCAGCCAUCACGUACACCUUCCAUUCAGCAGGAAGAAGGGAGGACAGAGGGCAGGAGGUCCCACCACCCAGCUGAGACAUCUUCUUUUGCACUGCUUUCCAGAAGUCCCCCAUCACAUUUGUAGCCACACUGGCCGCAGAGGAUAUCAAGGAAAGUAGUAUUUUUAGCAGGGAAGCAUUAUCAUCCUGAAUAAAGUCCACCUCUGUUGCUAAAGCAGCAGCAGAGAUGGAUUUUGAGCAGGCAGCUCAGGAGUGUGUGUCAUGCCGAUGUAUCUUUUGGCUGAUCCUCCCAGCAGCUCUGGACCAUCUUUCUGCUGCUCUGUUGUAAUGAAUUUUCUGAAAGCUUGUCGUAAUAUAUCUCCUUCAAGACGCUUUUCGAGAUUCAUUUCCCUCCUACCCCGGCCCUAACCCAUAACCCUUUUGUUCAAGGCCAGGGAGAGGCAGGGGUGGUGCCCAGAACACGGAGGGCGCUCUCCUCAGGGAACUGAUGGUGGGAGCCCCCAUCUCAAGGUCUCCAUCACUGACACCAGGGCGAGACUGUGUAAUUGGGUGCUGCUCUCCUUUGGGUAACGCGUGUAUUCGAAAGUAGAACUGAGAAUCACCACCGUGAGGGCUCCUCAUGUCAUAAGCUCUUUCGUGUCCAGUGUCCUGGGUUCUAAAUCUAGUCGGACGACUGCAUGGCUUUGGCAGGUCAGUCUCCUCAUCAAGUAACAUGAAAGGGAUGGAUGGCUAUGGCCCUUCCUGGCCCUAAUGAUUCCUUCGUUUUUGUUACUUAAUAUGUAUUUAUUGUAUUAGCAUUUGUAUAACAUGAAAACUGUGUUGCAUAUAAAAGCUGUCGCAUCUCUAGAACAUUAGCAAACUUUGAGAGCUAUAUAGUAAUUUAAACCUAUUAUUUUAGUUACUCCUUAAUCCAGCUUUUAAAUUGCUGUUUUCUCACUUUUGGACGAAGAAAGUAGAGGCUAAUAAAAGUUACUUGACUUUCCUCCUGUACCUGUAUCAUUUGUACCAGAGCUGGGCAGAGAAUUUAUUCUCUGAAUUUUGUUGACAUUAUUAAGGCAUAGCAUUCAUAUCAACUAAUGCCAUAGCAUUCAUAUCAACUAAUGCCAGUAGUUUUAAAAGCUUAAUCCCAUAGGAUUUGAGAUCUGAACUGUAUUGAAAUGUAUUAUUUCAGUGACAGUUGGGACCCCUGUGUGUGCAGCCUGCAGCCCUGAGUGGGAGGGACAGCAGAAGUGCCUCUGCUUUCAAGGUUUGCCAGCAGCCUUGAGCCAAGACAGGCACCCAAUUACCUGAUACCAGUAGGGCCUCGGAAGUAGAAGAGGAAAUGGAGUAGAGGAAACAAACGGGGCUUGUUCCACUGGGGGAGCUUGCAUU